UCUACGCCUUCUUUGCCAAUUGUAUACAACCUCACCGAAAUAUCGCCAACUACGUCCGAUACACAAUCUUUGGUGGUAUCAACCGAUAUAUCGGUUCAAAACCUAGGAGAAAAAGUAUGGGGUUUGACAAAGAGCUCAACCUUGAGGCAACAGAGCUUAGAUUAGGCCUACCGGGGACCAAGAAGAGCAACAAAAGAGCAUUGCCGGAUUACAUGAACGAGGAGUGUGGAUCUAAGGACAGUUCUAAUGUGUCGGAUGCUCAAAAAAGUGAUCAAGAAAUUGCUUCUCCCGCCAAGGCACAAGUAGUGGGGUGGCCGCCGGUGAGAUCUUACCGGAAAAACUGUUUCCUGGCGAAGAAAAUGGAGGCUGAAACGGCGGGCAUGUACGUAAAAGUUAGCAUGGAUGGAGCUCCUUAUUUAAGGAAGAUUGAUUUGAAGGUCUACAAUGGAUAUCCAGAGCUCCUUAAAGCCUUGGAAGACAUGUUCAAGUUCAGUGUUGGGGAGUAUUCUGAGAGGGAAGGCUUCAAUGGGUCAGAAUUUGUGCCAACUUAUGAAGACAAGGAUGGAGAUUGGAUGUUGGUUGGAGAUGUUCCAUGGGAAAUGUUCAUCUCUUCAUGCAAGAGGCUGAGAAUCAUGAAGGGGUCAGAAGCAAGGGGAUUGGGUUGUGCUGUAUGAAUCCCACAAUUUAGAGCCCUUAAGAAAGGAUCGAUCGAUGGAGAAGAAGACAAGGAGAUCCAUUUCUCUUCAAGAGAAAAAAAUAAACGAUUUCUCUUGGGCUAUCCAUGAAGAAAUUACUCAGACGUCGAUCUCGAUCCCGUUCCUCAUCAGUUGCAAUAGAAAAAUCAAAAAGGAUGUCAAAAAGAAAAAAGAAAAAAGAAAAAGUAUGUAAAUUUAGGCAUAUUUGCUUUGAGCAGAUCGAAUUGUACAAAGUUUAAAGAAUCACCCACG